AUGGUUGAUGCUCGACCGUUUGAUGUGGAAACAACACUUACCGAUAUAACCACUUUCGAUGAUACAGAAGAUCUAGUUGAAAUAUCCAGUUUAGCACCCCUGGAAUUAUCUAGUUUGGGAAGUUCUAUAAAAGAUGGCAGUUCGGAUAAACGGAAGUCAAAAUCAGAUGGUAUCAAGUCGUCAGAUGAGCGGAUUGAUAGGCGUAUCAUCCGUAAAAUAUUGAGUACUUUCAUCGUGCAGGCAAGUCAUCGUAUUGAAGUGACAUUACAUACUAGUGCUACAUUUUGGAGUGGCUGA